AAACACUGAAGUCCGAAGCCAGACACCUCUACUCUAGCCGGGAGCUCCAAGAGCACCAUCAGGUUAGUCCCACCCAAACCUCAAGAAAUCACAUUUAUUGUGAUUGUAAUUGUGUACAAUCAUUUGCUUAUAUUUUGUUAAAAAGUUAACAUACAGUAUCUCGAAAAUGUUUCCAUCAUUUUUCAGCAAAUAUUUGAAACCAUGGUUAUUUUUUCGUAAACGAUAUAACCAAGUUUCUUAAAGACUAUAUGCAUGCUGCUGCUUGUAGAUUGUAGUUCGUAGUUUCAAUCUAAGAACAGGACACACGAGCAGCUUAUAUUUUUUGUUUUACCUUAUAGGGUUAAAACAAAUAAAUGUAAAGUGUAAAGUCAAUAGAUGCUCAUUUGUCAUUUUCAGUUAGGAAUCAUGUCUCGUUUCCUUGUUAUUUUUUUUUAAUGUAUUACUUUUCCAUUGAUUCCAUACUUUUUACGAUUUAUAAUUAUGGGAAUUAUAUUCUUUUAAAAGCAUUAAAACAUUAUAAUCAAUUUGACCAUAUUUCUUCUUUUAUUAUUUUAAUAUUCAUUUCACAUGCUUGAGGGAAGUUCUAAUGUGAAAACUGAAAAGCAAUUUGUGCAGCAUUGUGGCAUUGAUCAUCGUCAGCAUUUCAGUAAUACUUUCCUUAUCAUGUAUUUUCAGAAUUGUUCUUUAACAUCCUUUUGUCGUAUUUUAACGCUAAUAACAUCUAAAUUAAGUUUAACUCUAAUUAAUUUUAUAAAAACAAUAUAAACAGCGUUGGUUCUAACUUUCUAACCUUUAUUUUGGUUUUUAUCAGAAAGUUUCUUAACAUGUAAUCAUGCCCCCUUGACUUGGAUAUUAAAGUCAUCAAUUAACGUCUGACAUUGAUAUUUAGGGUUGAAGAAUAAGAUGCAGUAGUCCACCACGUAACAAGUCAUGUGUCGGUUACGGUCAAAUGCCGGUGCCAAUAUUUAACACGUGUCAUUCUAGCAACCAUAAAUUCGCCUUUGUCAUCUUUUCUUCGUGGAAUUUAUGACUUGGCUAUAGGGACACAAAGAUGACCGGAGACUGACUGUUUCCGUUUAACCAUUAGCCAUCAUCGGCUUCCUCCACAAAGUUGUUCUCACCAUCUCCGGCUUCUAUAUAAAAUGUUACACUUUUAACGUCCCGCCUUAAGGCCCCAAAAGAAAAGUAAAGAAUCCCAAAAUAUUUCCUCAUGUUGGGGCAUCUAAAUGUUAAAAUUUAUUUUUUAAAUUAAUUAUGAUGCUUUCCCUUUAUGUUCGUGAUGUUCACAUUAGGCAUUUAAAGAAACAAAGCCAAGUCAUGUUUCCUUACUCGAGGCCACUUUUGUAACUCCAUUUGGAAGGUAAAUAUGCUUUUCGUCAAACUCAGCUUUAUAAAAACUUCUCAUUUGAUGACUAAAAUAACUAAAAUGCCAAACCUUUUAAUCAUUCACACACUAUAAUCUAUUUCAUUCAACUUUAGAAAUUUUAAGAUUCGUUUACUAAACCUCAUAUUUUUGAACGCAAUUUUACUAUAUUUAUUAAGUAAGACAUAUUAAAUAUUACAUAUUUUCAAACGGCAUAAAUAUGUGAAUACCCAAAAGUCUUAACACCAAAUAUAGACCGACUAAAUAAAUCAUAGAGGAAGAAAGUUUUUUCUUCCGUAUUUCUUGCCUCUUCUCUUUGUUUUCUUCUUUCUUUUUUCCAUUUCUAUUGUUCUGAGAUUCCGCUCUUUGUUCGUCAUCAUGUCUAAUGAAACCAAAGAUCUUAACAACUAUCACUUCACUUCAUCGUAUGAUCAUUACAACAACAUCAGCAGCCAAAGUAUUAUGAAUCUCGUUUACCUUUCUGGUCCAUCCAGUUAUACUGCAAACAUGAUCUCAUCGCAAAUCGGUUCUGAUCUACAGUCGAGUCCCCGAGGAGCCUGCGGACUUGGAUUCGAGCUCUCGCCAUCUUCCACCGGGUUUUUUAAUACUUCGAUCGACCAAGAAAAUGAUUUUUAUAACGCCUAUAAUUAUAAUACUAGUCACAAGAGUCAUGAAGUUGUCGGUGGUGGUGGUGCAAUCGUUGAGAGUGAAACUAAGGUUUCUGCAUCUCCUUCUUCGAGUGAACAUCAUCACGGGGAAGAUUCCGGGAAGAGCCUGAUGAAAAGAGAAGCUGACGAUGGAGGAAAAGAUAUUGAUCAACGUUCUCAGAAAGUAGUUAAAACCAAGAAGAAAGAGGAGAAGAAGCAAAGAGAGCCACGAGUCUCGUUUAUGACCAAGACAGACGUUGAUCAUCUCGAAGACGGCUAUCGUUGGAGGAAGUACGGCCAAAAGGCAGUGAAAAACAGUCCUUAUCCGAGGAGUUACUAUAGAUGCACGACGCAGAAGUGCAACGUGAAGAAGAGAGUUGAGAGAUCUUAUCAAGAUCCAACAGUCGUGAUCACAACUUACGAGAGUCAACACAACCACCCGAUCCCGACCAGUCGCCGUACGGCAAUGUUCUCUGGACCCGCCGCAUGUAGUUAUAACUCCUCGUCUCUAUCUCCAGUUUCCGAUUUCAUCAUCAAUACUCCAAGAACCUUCUCCCAUGAUGAUCUCUUCCGUGCGCCAUACGCUAAUAUGAAUGUAAACGCUAAUUAUCAGCAACAACAAAGCCAAGAGUUUCACCAUGAGAGUGACUUUGAGCUUCUGAAGGAGAUGUUUCCUUCGGUUUUCCUCAAGCAAGAACCUUGAUGAUAUAGUUAUACUAUUAUAUAGAAACAACAUUGGAUGCAUAAUGAGGGAUGGUGUUAUUUAAUUUUGCAUGUAGAUAUAUAUAUAUAUAUACCCUUGAGAGUAUAGGAUAUAUCCGAUAUAAUUUAGAAAUGUUAUACCAAAAGAUCCUUGAUGGGUCUCUUUCUCUCA